AACUCAGCUGAUCGAUCAAACAAAAAAUAUUGAUACACAGGAAUUUAUGAAAAAAAAUGCGCAGCGUUUAGAAAGGAGAAAGUAUUUAGUAGCACGCACGAAAUGGACAAGAAUCUGGAUGAGGUCAAAGACACCGUACAAAAGAAGUUCAAUGAAAUCCGUGCUGCGUUGCAUAUGCGCGAGAAGUUGCUGCUCCGGCAACUGGAGGUCAUAGCGAACACGCGACAGCAGCAGCAGCUGCUGAAGAAGUCGCCCACCGAAAUGGAGAACUCGAACUCGGUUGGCAAGAAAGAUCAAAGUGGUGUGCGUUUCAUUCCCGGGGAAAGCGAGGAUGCGGAGGAGAAACUACUGACAGCCAUCCGAAGCUACGGACACUUUCUGCUGGACAACAGUGAUAUGCAGUUGGCGCUGCAGGAUUACCGCACCACGGGUUUGAGGAACGAGGACUACAUAGAGCCACUAGAUGACCACGAGACCAUGUACAAGUGCCUGCAGGAUGGGCAAGUAUCGUAUCUCGAUCUGGACGAAGACGGUGCCCCACCAGAGGCCAUUGUGGUCGACUUCUCUCGCAACAGAAGUCUCGUCGAAGAUAAUGCCAAGCGCUCCAUUAUCAACAUUACACUGCAGGAGGCAAAGGAUCUGAUAAAAAAGGCCAAGAUCAAGAGGGAUACAUAUGUGCCGCCCUUAAACUUGGAGGAGCUGGAUGACGAGUUGGAAUCUUCGAUUGCCGAAGCCGUUUCCAGCUUGGGGCGAGAAACCUCUGCCAAAUCAAAGAGCAGCGUACAAGAACCACCGAAAUGCAAGGGUCGCAAACAGCGCUUCAAGCCAAAAAUCACAAUCAACAAUUGCAAUGGCACGAUCAAUCUGCGCAACAUAGCCAGCCUGACCAUCAACUGCGCCAGCGAAGAGGCGGUGAGUGCAGAGAUGCCCCUGGCCAAGUCCGCCGAUUCCAGUACCACCGAACCCUCGAACUCCACGCCCACCACCACCGCCUCCAGUUCCAAUUACUCCAGUAAUGCCAGCUCCCGUUCGCAGUCCAAAAAGCAAAAGGCGAACAAAAAGCUGGACAAGAUAGAGCGUGAACCCAGCUCGGAUUCCACUCCUACGCCUGGACAGGCCCAGCGGUACGAGGAGACCGAGAUUCACGAUGUCACCUGCGAUUUUUACAAUCGCCUACUCAACGAGAUCAAGAAGAGCAUGGUAGAGAAGCCACGCAGGACAUACAACCAGUUGGCAGAGCCCGUUCAAACAUCGGCUGCCGAUUCCAGUUGCGAUGCCAACUGCAAUCCAAAGCAGUCGGCUGCCAAACAGGAGCCAGUUUCGACCACCACAUCGCUAACGCACAGCGAAUCGGGACCACAAUUGCAGCCGGGCAAGCGGCUAAUCCUUAAGAACUUCGAGAAUCUCAAGAUCAUCCUCGAGGCAAACAGCGGUGAUGAAGACUCAUUCCAUCCCGUCCAAAUCGAGCAGUGGCUGGCAGAGAUUAUCUCCGAAACGGAUCUGGAGCCCAUGCAGAACACGGAUAUCCUGGAGCACAGUCGCAUCCACAGCAGCGAGAGUCCCUAGAGCUGCGGACUCGCUGAAUUCCGAACUAUUUAUAUCGUUAGUGCACUCAGUAUUUUCUGUUUGUUAUGAUUAGCUAUAGAUUCCUUAAUUUGUUUUUAGUUUAAAUUCUAAUUUUAAUUAGUUUUGAUUUCGUGCAGACACUUGCAAAUGUUUUUUAUAUCCAAUUUAAACUGAAAUUGGCCGCACUGGAGCUUAGGAAAUUUUUAAUCGAAAUCGCUGAAGUUUAUACAUUUGUGUAUAAAUAUAUUAAUAUUUAGUAUACGGCAUAAAAGUGAAAGUUUUAGAAAUGUAACCAUAUACUUUUAUUUAUCAGAUAAUGUUUUUUAAGAACUAAUAGUACCCAAACCUUAUUGCUCAAUCAACUUUCACCAGAAACCAGAGCCGGAUCCAAUUGUUUAUGUACUUAAUGCAUUUGAUUUUGUGAUUUUAAUCUUUUCGUAAGACUCGAAACUGGUACCAAUUUAGCAAGUAAGCUCCAGCCAGUGUUCAAUGCUCACCGUAGCCCAUUUGUAAAUGCAAUCGAGAGAAUUCCACAUUAAAGUGUUAAUUGCCAUCACAAAAUGAAACAUCUAUUCGAUUUCUUGCUACUGGAUCGACCGGUUC